CCUCCCCUCUCUCACUUGCGAGGUGGGCGACGCGAGAUGAGCAUCGCCCCCGCACACAGUGCAGCAGUAGCAUCUCUGGUCGCCAAGGGACCGCCGCACGCGACGUGGAGAGCUGAGAGAGAGAGCACAGGGGCUGACCGGCGUCUCUCCCCGCGAGACUCAACAAGCCGCGGUGCGCGCAGCCCCCCGUGUCCCGCAGAGAGGAGUGAUCUCGACUCAUCUCGAUGCGGUCUCUGAUUAGGCGCGAAGGGAUUAAAGGGACCGAUGGACCUUGGUGACUGUGCCUGGCGCCGCGGGGACGGGAUGAGCGUAAAGAAGCGCAGACCGAGUGCGUGCACCGGCAUCAGCUGUGUUCGCUGAUCCUCAGGGAGGACUGAAGCGAGUCUGCCACACACCUCCCGUGAUUUCCGUCCAAUUUUGUUUGUUUCACGAGCAGCGACAAAUACAGAAGCAGCAGCAAGCCAACAGCCAGAAGCAUCGACACAUGGAUUCGUCGUUGGUUUCUUCACCGUUCCCAUCAUCACCAUCAUCACCAUCGAGAGCACUGCCACCAACAGCACCACUCCUACCGGAAACGUCACAAGCAGCAGCAGCAGCGUCUCGGCAGAGGGACGUUGCGGCAGACGCCGUAGAGUGUCAGGAGCAGCAGCAGGAGCAGGAGGAGGAUGAGGGAUGUGCAAGGGUCGUGGUCGCGGACUCGGGGGCGGAGCGCGCUGGCGCUCGUUCCGCCCCUCGCCCCUGGAGCCGAGCCGAGCGCCCCGCGCUGUCCCCACGCUGCCAAGUCCCCGGCGCGGGACACUCGGGGUCCGAGCCGGGACAGCGGCCCGGCUCUCCCCGCGAUCCCGCUCCGGAUCCAGCUCCCCCUCAUCUGGAGCCAGCCGCAUGUCCACCCCAUCCACGCGCGGUCGAGGCUUGGCUGGAUGACAACCCGGACUUUGCCAGGUCUUACUUCGCCAGGAAGGCAACCAGAGAGAUGAUCAACGUGUGGUUCGAGGAGCGUGUGCGACCCGUGGUGAGCGCCGACCGGACCUCCUCGUCCCGCGGAGUGGGGGGUGGCUCCUUGGGCCACGCGGAGGCCACCGGGGCCGGGCGCGCGGUGGACGGGUGCAGGCAGUCCCCUCCGCGCAAGAUCUCGGCCUCCGAGUUCGACCGACCGCUGCGGCCGCUGCUCAUGGAGGACCCAAGCGAUGGCUCGCUCACGUUCGUCCUGGGCACGGAGGCUGCUACCCCGAGAUCGUGGUCGUCCCCCCAGCCGCACGCGGAGGCCUCAGACGUUCCCGGGAGGGCCGCGUCGGGCUGCGUCAUGGCCACCGCCGCCGUCGCCACGGCGACCACCGUGAGUGCGUACGGCGCCGGCUCGGCGCGCUCCGUCUCGGGCGAAAGGGAGCGCUUCCUCGAGCUGGUCAAGGACAUCGCCUGCCGCCUGGACGUCGUGACUCUGUGCCACCGCAUCCUGCUGCACGUCAACCAGGUGCUGACGGCCGACCGCUGCUCACUGUUCAUCGUGCGCGAGGACAGCUCCCAGGAGCGCUGUCUCGUGAGCACCCUCUUCGACGUGUCGCUCGGCUCUACGCCCGAGCAGGCCCGCACCAGCUGGCUGCGGCUCGCCUGGGGCAAGGGCAUCGUGGGAUACGUGGCCGCUACGGGCAACGGCGUCAACAUUCCCAACGCCUACCAGGACCCUCGGUUUAAUGUGGAAGUCGAUCUAAUGACCGGCUACAAGACGCAGAGCGUGCUGUGUUUGCCAAUUAAAGACAAUAAAGGGGAGAUUGUUGGGGUUGCUCAAGCAAUAAACAAGAAGGGGAAUAACGAAGGGAAGUUCACUGAAAAGGAUGAAAGGGAGUUCGGGGCCUACUUGGCGUUCUGCGGAAUCGUGCUGCACAAUGCGCAGCUGUAUGAGGACUCGCUGCUCGAGAAUCGACGGAACCAAGUGCUGCUGGAGCUGGCGAGCCUUGUGUGCGAGGAGCAGAGCUCCCUGGAGGAGCUUGUGGGCAGGAUCAUCGACAUCAUCCUCUCGUUCAUGCCCUGCCAGCGCUGCGCUGUGUUCAUCGCCGACAAAGACUCGCCCAACAUCUUUUCCAGGGUAUUUCACAAGAGCCUCGAGGUGCCCGGUGUUGCAGAAAACACCUCUCAAAGUGAAAGUCGGAGUCACCCGGUGAGUUUUAUCUACGCCGAGUUUGUGAUGAAGAUGCUCACUCUCCUCAACAUUGCAGACGUGCAUCGUGACAACCGGUUCAACCUCCCCGGUGAGGAGAGGGGAAAUUACAGGACGAAGAGUCUACUUUGUGCUCCGAUACAAAACCGGAAAAAGAACGAAGUCAUUGGCGUGUGCCAGCUGGUGAACAAGCUGGAGGAGGGCGCGAGCGAGGUGCGCCCCUUCAACCGCAACGAUGAGCAGUUCGUGGAGGCCUUCGCCAUCUUCUGCGGCAUGGCCAUUCGUAACACUCGCAUGUACGAGGCCGUGGCGCGUGCCGUGGCCAAGCAGACCGUGACGCUGGAGGUGCUGUCAUACCAUGCCACAGCCCACGAGGACGAAUGUGCCAAGCUGCAGACGACGUCGGUGCCUUCGGCCCAGUCGCUGAACCUCCAGGACUUCACCUUCAGUGACUUUGGUAUGGCGGAGGAGCUGACUGCCGUGGGCUCCCUGCGCAUGCUCCUGGACCUCUCGCUGCUGCAGACGUUCUCCAUACCUAACGAGGUCGCUUGCCGAUGGAUUCUCAGCGUCAGAAAGAACUACCGGAGGAACAUUGCCUACCACAACUGGCGGCACGCCUUCAACACGGGCCAGUGCAUGUUCACUGUGCUCACGACGGGACAGGCUCAGGAUGUGCUGACCCCUCUGGAGAUGCUGUGCUUGAUCAUCGCCGCAUUGAGUCACGACCUGGACCACCGGGGCUUCAACAACUCCUACAUCAAGAACAGGAGUGACCACCCCCUGGCAACGCUCUACGGACACUCCAUGCUGGAGCACCACCACUUCGACCAGUGCCUCAUGCUGCUCAACAGCCCGGGGAACGAGAUGCUGAGCAGCCUAUCCGUGCAGGAGUACCGCUCGGCCGUGGGCAUGAUCGAGCACGCUAUUCUGUCCACAGACCUGGCCACCUACUGCAAGAAUCGGGGAGAGUUUUUCUCUCUCGUCAAGGACGGAACCUUUAACCUUGAAGAUCAACAUCACCGCAAGCUACUUCGGGCCAUGAUGAUGACUGCGUGCGACGUCUCUGCCAUCACCAAGCCGUGGCCUGUGCAGCAGAAGAUCGCCGAGCUGGUAGCCUCCGAGUUUUUCGAUCAAGGUGACAGGGAGAGGCAGGAGCUGCACGUGGAGCCCAUGGAUAUGAUGAACCGGGAGAAGAGGGAUAAAAUCCCGACCAUCCAGGUCGGGUUCAUUGAUGGGAUCUGCCUGCCCCUCUAUGAGGCCCUCAGUUGCGUGUUCCCAGCGUGCGCGCCCUUGCUCAGCGGCUGCCAAAGCAAUCGGCAAAACUGGGAGAAGCUCACGACGAGGUGCGAUGGGCAGCAGGAUCCGGGAGCGGAGCUCAACGAUGAAGGAUUGAAAUGAAAUCGAGACCGAAACGUUCAGUCAGGAAGAUGUUAUUAUGCACUGUAUGCGCGAAGACAUUUUGUUACUACACCCCAGAUAGGGAUGCGGACAUUCUACGUUUUUCUUUCCAUUGCGUGUAGUCCCCAGGGGGACGAUCGUGAAACUCGUGCAUGCGAGGUGGCCCUCGCAGCAGGAGACGACCUCCGGCGGCGUAGUGGCCGCGAUUGGCUUGGGCCCCGGGGUACAGGCGAUCAAACGGCUCCCACCGCACCCCGGGGUGACGUUCCACCCCAUUCGUGGCCUUUGCGCCUCGACCGCACACAGCACCACGCGUGUCUCUCCUCAGAAGUCUUCUUGGCCGGUGUAUCACAUUGAGUGGCCCUGCCCACGGCCUUGUAUUUAAAAACUAAAACAAAUGAUAGCUCAACGAAAGCGGCUUAUCAUCACGUGCACCGCCUGGACAUCUUGAUGGCUACGCCACUGAGGGCAUCAAAGUAGACCCAUCUGUAUACACUGGACUGCAACAAGGUGGCAGCGUUGAAAUUGGACGGAUAUUAAUUUUAAUGCUAGAGACCUUCCACCCACGACAGUACACUUGGCAAUAAGCAGUAUGACUGGUGCUAGUUUGCACAUCACCGCAGUGAGGGGUUCACUCAGUACUGCUCUGCGCACCGCUCGCAUUAAUUUAUUCCUGUAGCUUGUGAAAGUUCUGCCAACCUCAUCUGCGAGACUGUCCACACACUCUGUGGUUUGUUCACGUGUUGUGCCCCAUGUGUCCGCGAUCGCGUGUCUGCUGUGCGUGAGAAUGUGAUGUACUGCAUGUCCUGCAUUCUGCGUCUGCUCUCAGUGGACGGUGUUUGCGACGUGGUGCACCCUCGCGAUAAUCUCCGCGUACGUGUCAGCCAUCGGCAGGGCUGUCACCAGCUCUCAUAGGCCACUGCUCGCACGCCUCCUGUCCGCUCCAACUGUGCCACGUUGUUAACAUCUGGCAUCGUGACAAACGAGAGAGAAAAAAACCCUCCGCAAACAGCUUGUGGUGUCUUUUUGAUUUCCUGCUGCUCAAAUGAGCAUUGAGAAAUUGAUGUUCACGCUCCCCCCCCCCUUGCACCCCCGCAUUCCUCGUUUGCAGAGCCAGUGGUGGAAUACCAACAUUUCUAUGGUGGGGGGCGUCUAUCCACAGGAUAAUCAUUGUUGACUUUACCGCAAAUUUGUGCUCGUUUUAGUCACCCCGGAGGGAUGAUGGGCCGUCAACAGUCAAUCUCCAAACCAAGAUCUUGACUGGCAACUUUCUGAUUGCGAGCCGGUUGCUCUACCAUUGUGCCACCAGAUGGCAGCCUGGUUAGUCACCGCUUGUCACGCAAACGAAGCGACCAGAUUGUAACGUGUCGUGGAGGGAUGUUUGGAUUUGGCAAUGAUGCACCACGACGCAUACCGCUUGCUGUGCUUCUCAUGUCCUAAAUCCGAUCUGUAUGCGUCCUACUGUAAUGUUCGAGUAUGCCCGCUCCGAGCCUCACAUAUUUUAUAACAAUAUUUCACAGCCACCGCAUUUCCACGUCAACCACGUGAGAACUUUGUAUAAAUGCAUUGUUGGAAGCCGGACAUUCAUUUAUACAAUUUUUUUUCUUUUUUUACCCAAACCUGUGUAUGUACCUUUGAAGAUGCUCCUGCUUCUGUACAUAUUGUUAGUAUAUUUUUUACAUUGUACAGUAAACAUUGUUGGAAAUGUU